AUCAGACCUCAACUGUCCACUCAGCACACUCAAAUCUUUCAUCGCCUUCUUCACGAGAAUCUUCUGAUAAAAUUCUCAAGAACCCUAAUUUCUUCAGAUUUUCUCAAAUUUCUAAGAAAAUGAAGGUUGUCGGUGCAAAUGUCCACUUCCAGAAGUUAGAAGCCAAGUGCUCAUCACCGACAUUCUUUCAAAGCCAUCUGCAAAUGAUAGCCGCUCAAGAACUCUCCGAAUUUCUUCAAAUGGAGAUUCGCCUCAAAUUUGAGGAAGAAGUUCUUGAAUUCUACAGAAAUGGAGAGUUCAAAACUGCUCAUUCAAAGAAGAACCCACAGAAGACGUUUCCAGUCAUCAAGUCCACUGUUGGAGGUACAAAAAUGAAGCUUUCGCAAAAGAAAUUGGGAGAAAAGCUUCGCCUUCCCAAUUCUGGAGUUGAAGUUGGGAAAUUUCCAGUCAAAAAUCUGGACUGGAACAUCAUUGGAAUCUCUGGACAAGUUCCUUCUGGCCCAGCGAAGAAAGCAGAUCUAAACAACGAUUACAAGUUGGUUUUGGAACUGGUCAUCGCUUGCCUCGAGUGUGGAAGUGGAGGUCAUGCCGAUGACAUCACCCAGGAGAGAGCCUUCAUCAUCAACUCUCUCAUUACCAAAACUAAGGUAAACUGGGCUGCACACUUUUUCAAUUCCAUCUCAAAGCAUUUGGGAAAGCCCAACCAGAAAUAUCUCUGUCAAGGACUAUACCUUGGACAUAUUUUGGGAUCUAUGGCCCUAGCAUCUCAACAUGCCUCCUUUAGGCAAGAGAUAGAGCAAAUGGAAGUCAGGCACACUCAGCUGAUAGAGAAAUCUGAAGGAAAACACAGCGCAGAUCUCAAAGAAAUAAGCAAAUCAGUGCAGAAGACUCUGGAGAUUAUCUCUCUAUUGAGUGAAACUGUGAGCAACACGAUGGAAAUAUAUGCCUCUGACAGUCAACUUCAACUAAAAGAGAUCAACAAAGUUAAAGAGCAAAUAGCGAGUGUCACAGUUAGUCUCCAAAAACAGAUGUCCCUUCUCCAAAUGGACAUCAGAUCAGCCCUAGCAGUAGCUUCAGCAAAUCAGGUAGUGACCAAAGACUACUUGAAGGUGAUCAUUGACAAUCAAAAGGAAGCAUACAAGCUGUUCAGACUUAUUGGCGCAAACUCUGGAAACCGCAAGAUGGAAGUAAUUCUCCAACAACACAGUCCAUCUCCAAUACCACAGCUCCCUAUUGCAGUCAAAGAAGGAGAAGUAUCUUAUAUUCCUUCUCAUCUGAACUUGACAAAUCUAAUCCUUGAAGCACAGCAAAGAAAUCCGGAAAACUCAGCACAGCUUCUAUCCAGCUCAGGACUGGAUGGAACAGAAUUUAUAGGUACCGUUGUUGACCACUUCUCAAAUGAUGCUCAAUCAGAAGAAAGACGUGAAAAUUUAAGGCGCAUCAAAGAACUGUGUGGGAACAUGAAGGGCAUCAGUGAGGUUGCCGGAUCUUCAAAGCGCAAGAAAAACCAAAGGUUCUUUUCAUCAAAACAGGGGGAAAGUAUGUGAACACUAAUGUGUUUUGAUGCAAACACCUUCUUGUUUAAACAUUGCUUGAUUGGUUUAAACAUUGCAAUAUUGCUUCAACAAUUUUCUUAAUUAUGCUAUUAUGCUUGGUUAUGCUUAUCUCAAGUAUGAUUCUGAGUAUUUUUUUGAAGCGCAUACAUUCAGGGGGAAUGUAUUUCAGGGGGAACUUAACUAAUGUUUGGCUAACAAUUGUUUUUGGCAAUGAAUUAUUGAUAAGCUC